AUGUCGAAUACCGGCGUACUCGACGGCAACAACGUCAAUCAGUUGCACACCGCCCCGAAUCAAGCUCACGGGCCUCAACCUGGGUCGUCCAAACGUGCCCUAGAAGAGGCCGCCCUAAGCUUAGAGGAGUCCCCUGCUGCGAAACGUCGCCGUCCACAGCCCGACCUUUCCACGCUGCUGCCCCCGCCAAGCAACUGCGAAAUCCAGCUCCGCUUCCAGCUCUGCCGCUUCCAAGGCGUGUACCGCGUCGUCCGCGUCCCGUUCACCUUCACCUUCGCGCACCUCUACCGCCUCAUCCUCCUCCUCUUCGGCUGGUCCGGCUACCACGGGCACCAGGCCGAGGUCCUCACCCACGUCGAGAAGUACGCCUCCCCGGGGCGCAAGGGCGAGGUGAAGAAGCACCGGUACUGGAAGGUGCCUCCGAGGCCCGCGCGCGGCGAGGACGGCUGGGUGGAGUGGUACCAGGACUACAGCAGGCACGAGCGCGAGCCCGCGCUGCGCGUCGCGCCGAAGGGGCGCAAGAGCCUGGGCUGGGACUUCGAGCCACACUUCGACGAGGACUACGAGCCGAUGAGCAGGUGGGAGCGGCUGUGGAAGGAGCUGCAGGUCCCGUGGAAGAAGGACGACGAGGUGACGCUGGGGGACAUAUGGGCGCCGAAGAGCAGGGAUAACUUCACGAAGGGCGAGUGCAGCAACGAGGAGAUCGCGAUCCACCUCGAAUACGAUUUGAGCUCGAGCUGGGAUGUCCAUGUCACCAUCGAAGCGGACAAGGACGGACACUACAUGUGGAAAGUCAAUCCUCCCACCAAUAGACCAGUCAUCACCGUGGCUAAAGGAGGGGCUCCGGUCGAGGAUGCGCGUAGCGACCGAGGUGAGCUUGACGGGAAGAAAAAGAAGGUCUCGAACAUGCUCUUCUUGCCUGACAUUUUUGAGCGAUUCCUCAAGGGUGAGGUCGGCUCAGAGGCACGGAAAACUGAGCAUGCUGUGUAUGACAUGGAGGAAGAGCGGGCGCGGCAGCAGGCUGCUGCUGAGGAACGAGAGAGGCAGCGGCGGGAGCGCCAGCAGAACCAAACCAACGGCCCAGGAGACGACGGCGAAGAACAUCACAGCGACGGGGACAGCUACUCGGACGAGGAAUACUGAAUGUCGUUGGAAUUGCAGGCAAGGCAUAUCUGCUGCCGGCCGAUAUCGUAGAGGUCCUGCGUCUCCUUAAUGGACUUUCACUUCUGUACCUAUGAAUAUCGUAAUGCAGCUCAAC